UGAACGCUAGAGGCACAGCUGGUGUAAAGGGGCGACGACGCGCUCUCUGGUCGUUAGGCUGGUAACUACAGAGAUUGUUAUUAUUCCCAGAAUGCCAGUUGUAUCACGUGUUAAUAAUACAGCGUGAUUACAGUCAAACACGAGGAUCUACACAAACAUCACUCCACAGUUACGCUAUGUCUUCACCAGAGGGAGACACGUUAUCCCCAGAUGAGCUGAGGAAAAGACUCUAUCAAACUUUUAAAAAUAAAGGAGUGCUGGAUACACUCAAAACACAGCUGAGGAAUCAGCUCAUCCAGGAGUUAAAACACCCACCUUUGACAGGAGGAGAACCAGUUCCCAGACCAGUACAUGUGAAAUAUGAACCCCUUUUGGUCUCAGCCUGUAACAGCAUAGUGGCUGAUCAUCUCCGCACCUCGGGGUAUGAGUACACCCUUUCUGUGUUCAGCCCUGAAAGUGGCCUAUCUAAAGACAAGGUUGUCAUGACAGCAGACCUUCUUCAGCUUCUUAAAAUUAAUCCUGAAUCGGCGCUUUACAGAUCCCUGUCUUCAAACAAAGGCAGCAGGGAUAAAGGGUUCCUGAUCAGCCUCCUAACACAGCUAGCACACCAUUAUACUCACAGCCAACGCCAUGAUGCUGACACUCAGACAACCAGCUCAGCAAGUUGUGGAGAGUCUCUUGUUGAGAAGAUGAAAAUUAUCGAUAAGGAAUAUGAGAGCUUCAAUUACAGUGGGGACAAAUGGUUUUCAAUCGAAUCAAAACUGGCGGCAUAUAGAAAAGAAAUUGAAGCACAGAUGCAAGCGGAAAUGAACACAAAGAUGCAACAUUUUAAGGAUGUUGAAAUCGCAAAGGUAAAGAUGGAAGAAAAAGCAAAAUUUCAUAAAGAAUUUGAUAAGCUGAAGCAAGACCUGGAGAGGAACUACGAGAUGAAGGCAAAGGCAUUGAUGGAGCGAGAGAAAAAUGCCAUUGAUCGAUUACAAAAACAACAAGAGAUUGAAGAAAAAAAUGUGUAUAUGCAGAGACAAUCGGUCCUGAAAGAAAUUGAAACAGUGCGAAACAGAGAGAAUGAGCUGAGGAUGAGAACGGAGGCUUUUGAAAAGACAUGUCAAAUUCAUGAGGAGAAGGUCAAGACCACUGAGGAGCUGCUGAGAAGGAGAGAGCUGUCAGUGAAGACUAUGAAUGACACAUACGACCAAACACUGAAGAAUGAACUUUCCAGGUAUCAGCUUGAGUUGAAGGAUGAAUUUAUCAAGCGAACCGAAAAACUUACCGAGAAUGAAAACCGAAACAAAGUGGAAAAUGUUCGUAUCCAAAAAGAGUCUGUUGUAAUUAACGGCAAAUUAGAGGAGCACAGCAGAGCAUGUUCAGAGCUGAGACGGCUACAGGUUGAGCUAGACACAGCACAGCAGCACAUUGCUCUGCUGACUCAACAGAAGGAGCUGUUAAGGGAAAGACUGGAGGCCAUGAGGGACUACCCCAGCUUGAAAAGAGAGAAAGCAGAGCUGCAGGGGCAGCUGCGACUGCUAAAGAAACAGCUGGAGGAGGCCCAAGAGGAGAACCGGCUUCUCCAUGCAGAUUUAAGCAAGCCGUCCAAGGAGCAGUUGGCCUUGCAGAUGGAGCUACGGAGGCUGCAGAGCGCUGGCAGUCUGGAUAAGGAAGAGUUUGACAACCAGAAACAGGUGCUGCAGGCACAGCUCCAGAGUGAGGUGGAGAGGUGUGCUCAGCUCAAGGCUCAGUUGAUAGAGUGUGAGGAGAGGUCACAGUGGAUGAGUAACCACUGUGAGGAAAUCAAGAUGCAGCUUCGCCAAACUCAACAAGCUCUUGAAAAUGAAGUGCUGCGUAACCCCAAGCCAUCUCUUGUUGAUCGCACAAUUCUGGAGCUCAGCACGGACAAGCUCGUCCCCCCUGACAUCUAUGUGGACCGAGCUCUGCUGAGGGCCACAGUGGGUUAUGACGAUGUUUGUGAAGCAGGUGGGCCCUUGCGAGCACAUAAGUCGCCUUGGAGUGACUCUCCAGACUCCGACAUGGAGCUGGUGGCAGAUGCGAAGGCUCGGAUCCGGGAGCUGCAGAGGGAGGCUGAGACCUUGGAGGAAGCUUAUAGGAACUACCAGCAGAGGGCAGUGCGCUCCACCAUCUCACACAUGCUUCCCCCAGGACCUCUCUCCCCUCAAAGAGCACAUCCUUCACAUUAUCCUGACUCUCCUCUGAGAAAACAAGCCGCUCACCAUUCACACACCCACUUACCCCUCACAUCAAAGGUCUCACAGAGACCGCUGUCUCCACGUACUACCAGAACCCUCUCCUCGGCACCCUAUGACACAAGAACCGCACAACCAAGAGUGAGCUUCUUAGACGACCAUAACCAACACCAGUCCACAGUUUGCUCUGACCCCAGUCUCCAGUCAUUGACUGAAUCUCUUCUGCUAAGAGAUAGACACCCUCAGGAUGCAAACAGCCUUCCUUCCAGACGCCUGUCCUCCACCCCGCACUCGUCCUCCAGGAAAAAGCUUCAAAGAGAGUUUGCAGAAGAAGCAGUUGGGUCUCCAAUGGCGUUUCCGGAGUUGUCGUUUGACGGACAGCUCCCUCGUGCCCCCCACAACGAGGUGGCGACCUCAGGUGACUUUUCCUCUGAGCUCAGUCCACCUCGCAGUCCUCAGCUCAAGAGCACAGCACGAGACCAGUCCAGUCCACCAAAGUUGCACCCCGAGUUCUCCAGCUCAGAGUCAUCCCCACAGCCUGAGAAAAUAAGUCUAGAAGAUCUCACAGGGAUUUUGUCAGAGCCCGGCCACAUUCCAGAGCUUCUCCUGGACACUGCCAUCCCUCUCUGUGAGGAGGCCCCUGACGGCCCCACUGUCCCCCGCCCACAGGACCUCCCAGAAGACCCAAUGGACUUGCAAGGCCAGGCGGAAGACCCACAGGCCUCAGGUGAAUGUGCUAGGGAAGAAGAAGAAGAAGAAGAUGAGGAGGAUGAGGAGCAGAGGUGGGAAAGGGAGCGAAAGGAAAGACUAGAAAAAAGGCAAAGGGAACAAGAGGAGGCCAGAGAGCGGGAGCUGCAAGAACUAAACAGACUGGAGAAAGAGAUGCUUUUGCAAGAUACAGAGCAACCAGGACUGGAAAAAGAAGAAGAAGAAGAAGAAGAAACUGAAAUUAAGAAAGGCGAUGAAGAGCAGAUGCAAGAGGCAGAUGCUGACGGAGAGGAGUCUAAAGGUGAAAAUCCAUUAGAGAAAUACAUGAAGAUGGUCCUGGAAGCAAGAGAGAAGCAGCAUGAACAGAGCCCUGGAAGAGAAGAAGCAGCAGGACAUACGAGCCCAGAGGCUAAGAGUUUGUCUGAUGAGAGAGAUAACAGCGUUGCAUUAUAUUCACACAAGGAUGAAGAUGAUGAUUUCUGGUGAGCUGCUUGUUCCAACGUGCUAUCUUAAACUGAUGAAUUUUACACGCCUCUGCACUAUUGUACUGUUUUUUUAUUGUUUAUUUUAAGAUUUUGCUUUUCCGUAUGUAUAUUUGUCAUAUUUUUUACACCUACUCCUUUUUUUUUAAUAAAUCA